AUGAUCAAAGGAUUCAAGAACUGUUUUCCAUGGACGACUUUGGGCUACUAUCAACUCCACGCUUAUUUUCCGUCGAAACUAUUAAGACAUAUUCUUUCGGAGAUUUUGGAAGAAGCUGAAUACUCGUAUCAUAACGAUCAACAGCCAAGCACGUCGAAUGUUAAUAUGGGAUUUGUUAAAAUUCCAGAGAACUUUGCAAGUAAUGGAAAAAGGCCCUUAGUUCCUGAAGAAAUACCAAGAGAACUCCAAUUGAACCUGUCCACCAUGCCUCGAGAAUCUAGCAAAUCAAAUUGCGAAAAUAUUGGAGAAAUUAUGUUCCCUGAGAGUAUACCACAAGAAGCCUAUACCAGUGUUUGGAAUGCAUGCGAAAUACCAAUAUUUAAUGCUCUGCCCGAAGAUAUUGGAUCUGAAGAAGAGAUUUUGUUUGAUGUACUUAAUGAUAUGUUAGAAAAUGGGAAUGUCGACGAGGUUUUUGCGGAAUUGAAGACGAAAAAAUGGCCUGAUGAGGUGUUCCACUCGGAAAACAGUGAAAUGCUAUUUCAAGUUCACAGAAUUUUGAGAUUUGCUGUCAAAAACGCGAGACAUUUUCAAGAAACUGAAUUCGUUCUCCGGAAAUUGUAA